AUGGGAAACAAACUUCUGUUAACAUAUUCGAGAUUGCAAUUUUCAAUAUGUUUGCUAAGCCUUUUGGUGGAAAAUGUUCAUAAUAAGGGAAACUAUUUAAUACAGUUCACCAAGUGUUCCUGUUCUCACAAAACACCUCGGGUGCGUGCCUUUGAGUGUUCUCUGCGUAAUGAUAGUAAACGACUUAAUUUAAUAGAUAUACGCGCCGAAUUAUCAGCUGUUAUUCAAGAAGUCAAUGCUCGAGCUAUACUUCAUUUGUUUCAGAAAAAUAGGCCACGUAUGACUUUAGUCGAUGUGACUGUAAAUGCUUGUAACUUCAUGGAAACUAUGAGCAAAGUUCGCAUGUUUGUCAUAUUCAGAAGGGUUUUGGAUAAAUAUUUGAAUGUUAUUCCAAAGUGUCCAUUGAAGAAAGAUUUCAAUUACACCCUGACUGGUAUGCAUUAUGGUGUGGAUGAUCUUCCUCCCUAUCUACCGGAAGCUGAUUUCAAGAAUAUUAUUCUACUUACCACAAAGAGGAAUGAAACAGUAAAGAUGGAAUUUUUUGGACGAAUUCUAAAAAUCUAG